CCAUACUGAUCGAGAUUUUUAGUUGAAAUAACGUGGAAAACAGUGUUUGAAUAAACACUUGAAACGAAAUUUGGCUCUUGUCAAAUUUCAUCUGAUCCAAGAUAUCUUGGGUCGACUAAAGUGGUACUGGCCAAAGCGUCUUCCUGACGCUUACUGGUAAUUUUGCGGUUGUUCCCUUUUUAAUCCCGUUUUACACCCUGUUUUGCCUUUUUAUUGUGGUAGUUUUACGGUUGUGUACGUGUUUUUAAAUUCUGCGUUGUUUUCCACUUCAAUAUGGUCGUCUCGCGAAAAACCGGGACGGAUGAAGCCCUCGCGUCUUCGUUUGAUGAGUCAAAUGCACCUUGCAGCAAUUCUGCCUGUUCAAGGCCAGUCACAGAUUCAUCUGGUGGUAUGCAGUGUGAUAUUUGCUCUCGUUGGUAUCACAAAAGUUGUACCGGCCUCCGAGCGAAUCAGUACAAGAUGCUAUCAUCCAGUGAAAGCCUUCUGUUUAGAUGUGCUGAUUGUUGCGCUCAGAAAGCGAAGCUCCCGGCUUUCACCUGUGCUGAAUUCAAAGCACUAGCGUCCAGAUUCACAGUUGUCGAGAAGGCAUUAGCCGAGCUUGCCUCACUUGCCUCGCUCAAUUCUAAAGUGGAUUUGAUUAUGAAAUCCCUGAAUAUCGCGAAUGUGGACGCUGUAACUGACUGUCCUUCUGCUGAUAGUCCAACCGUUGACGAGGAGUUCAUCCUACCGGACGCUCCUGUUCACGUGGAUAUAACAGACACAGAUGCCUCGGACGGCAUUGUUGACCCGCCCCAAAUGGAAGGCGAAUCACGGGCUCCUGAGCCAUUAAAGAAUAAGCGUAAGAGGGUAAGGAAAGCGCGCAAACCCUCCGCCCCCAAACCGGAAGGUGACAAAAUGCUCAAGAAGCAAGCGCCUGCUUUGAAAACACCACCUGGUGUUGCACUUCCCUCAGUGAGACAAGAGGUGCCGUCGCCUUCGGUUUCACCAAUUCCCGUCAGACAACCAUAUGGCGUGGAUGGUAGAGCAUGUGGUGUAAAUACACCUCGUCGAGGCGAUUCUUACACAGAUAGCAGUGUGAUUUUCAGAAACGUCACUGAAUCCACUGCAGCUCUUCCUGCCGAGCGCAUGCUUGAGGAUCUUGAUUGGCUUAAAGUUUGUGUGACCAGGCUUUUACCACCAGGUUUCCCUGGCGUUACUGUCAGGAAGCUCAUCAGAUUGGGGAACGUUACGGUUGGUCAACCAAAUCCUCGACCCCGUUUGCUUAGGGUGGUCCUCUCCACCCCAGAAGAGCGCAGGGCCUUACUGAGAUUUGCCUUCAAACUCAAAGGUACCAACGUUAGUGUGCAACCAGACCUUCCGUUAGCGGAUAGGUUAAAGUUAAAGGAAGCCAUCAGAGACCUAAAAGCCCGGCGUGCAGCUGGCGAGCAAGGUCUCCGAUUGGUGGGUUUUCAGGUGGUCAGCCGGCGGUCCUUUUCCGCCCUGCCAGAACCUAUACUAAUUGCGCACGACCCAGGGCUGGUCGGGCCGAAACACUCCAAGUAGUACUUAGUAACGUGCGUAGCCUGAGGAACAAAAUGUGCGAGGUGGGUCUGCUCGUAGACAAAUCUCGUCCAGAUAUACUUGCUUUCACUGAAACGUGGCUGUCUGAGGAAAUCACAGAUGGCGAAGUAUAUCUGCCUGGCUACGCACUGUUCCGCGCUGAUCGCUCCACUGGCCGUCAAGGGGGUGGUGUAGCUCUUUAUGUGAGUUAUCACAUCGACGUAUUGAGGACCAGCGUUUUUCAGUCUCUCGACAAAUCUGUUGAGGCUCUCGCAGUCUUGAUUUGCGCUUCCUCGGUUCAGGUUACGGUUGUGUUAGUGUAUAGAAGCCCUAUGAGCACCUCCAAUGGAAUCAUUGACUUUAUACGCACUCACUCUGCGAACAAGUGUCUGGUGCUGGGAGACUUUAACCUCCCAGAUGUUUGUUGGGAUGAUCUAUCUUGCAGUUCGACGCUGGAAUCGUUCGGUACAGAACUGCUGGACUUGACGCUGCAGGUACCACUACACCAGUUCGUGGACCUCCCCACUAGGUACAUGAGCAAUCAGCAGCCGUCCAUUUUAGAUCUUGUUUUUGCUAAGUCACUUGACUUUGUAAAUGACAUUAAAUAUGACUCGCCUCUUGGCGCUAGCGAUCACGUUUGCUUGUCUUUCCAGUGUGCUCUUAUCAGGUCUUGCCAAGCUACUACCAGUUGGUAUCCGAACAUUUGGGCCGCGGACUUCCAAGCGAUGCGGGAUAGAGCUAGGUCAUCGCCUUGUGUGAUAUCUGAGACCGACACUGUUCACAUAGCCUGGGAAAAGCUUAAGGCUCACCUCGUCGACAUUUCUGCACCUCACGUCCCACUGGUAAAAAGAAGGGAAUCGAGAGCGCAGCCUCCGUGGAUAGAUUCCGCGGGGAAGGGCCUGCUAAAGAAGCGGUCUAGAUGCUGGCGAGCUUACCGAACAGCUCCGUCAAACAGCACGUUUGACAAGUAUCGGUUGGUUCGAAAUGAGUGCAAGCUACAUCUUAGGUUGGCCCGGCUUCAGUAUGAAAAGGGCUUAGCUAAUACUGCUUCGAAAAAUCCCAAGAGAUUCUUUGCUUACGUUAAACGACGCUGUGGUGCAAACUCGCCCAUUCCACCAUUGCUUCGAGGAGAUGGGACCCAUGCCUAUAGCGACUAUGACAAGGCAUGCGUGCUUGGUAAGCAGUACUCAAGCGUCUUUGUCCGCGAGACAAAUACGCCAUGCAAAGAGUUAGCUUCAAGGGUCUCUGAGGACUGUUGUCUGGAUGAAAUUCCUGUAACUGAGUCCCAAGUUCUCCGGUUGCUAAAAGAGGUGAACCCAACUAAGGCUUCUGGGCCAGAUUCUGUUCAUCCAAAAUUGUUGCACGAAUUGGCAGGGGAACUCAGUGGACCUCUGACUUGUGUGUUUCAGAAGUCACUCAACAGCUGUAUCUUGCCUACCGAAUGGAAGGAGGCUGUUGUCUGCCCGAUUUUCAAGUGCGGUGACAAAGACCUACCGGCUAAUUACAGGCCUGUCAGCUUGACUAGCGUGGUCGUUAAGUUACUUGAAAAAAUAGUACGAGAUACAGUGGAGAACCAUUUAAGUAGGUGAUUGAAAAACCUUCAUGGUGAAAAACUACGAAGCGUGUGAAAGUGAAUGCAAGUAUU